AUGGCAGAGUUGAAGCCGGAGCCAGCGCAUGGUAGUCUGUGGUCGAACUACGGCGGUGGACCGGUGCCUCUAUCAAAUCGAUAUUCUAACACCAUGGACUCGAGCCUCGCCCACCCCUCGACGACAUCCUCACAGCAGCAUCCGGGACGGCCACGGAGCAGCCACCCGACCAUCGACCACCCGUACUCGUACCCGCGCUAUUCCCAGGAAGAGUCCGACGGGUACGACCGGUACGCGCAGCCUUCUCUAAGCCAGCACCACAGCUACCCUAACCUCAAGCGGCCGCACAGCGGCGAGCACCCGCCGUACCAGGAGAUCGUGCAGGACCUGCGGGAUGACGGGUCCAAACUCACCGUGAACCACGACCACAAGCUGCUGUCGUUCCGGAGGGCACAGGACAAGCACACCAUCGUCGACCAGCACGGGCGCAUGCAGCAGCUCGAGCUGUCGGCGCAGCUGCACGGCAUGUUCUUCCUGUCCGAGAUGCCGUCGCAGAGCUCGAGCGACGGCUCGAUGCUGCAGCCGGAGCUGACGUGCUACCGGCGGAACCUAUUCCAGAUCAGCGGCUCGCUGAUCACGCCGCGGGGCCAGCUGUCGGUCGUCCUGGCCGAGACGGGCGAGACGGUCCCCGUGAGCAACACCGAAGUCACCAUCUCGGCCAUCGAGUCCGUCGACGGCAACCCCGUGCGCCUGAUCGUCAUCCCCUGGAAGACGCCCCCGCCCAACUCGCCCGAGCUGCCGCAGACGGCCGACCAGGAGCCCCCCUCGCUGCCGCUGAUCCCGUUCCCCGACGACGGGCAGGAGGCGGACGGCGAGUACGCCGUGUACCCUAUCGGGUGGCGGCGUCUGCAGUUCAGAAUAGCAACGGCGAACAACGGGAGACGGAAAGAGCUGCAACAGCACUUCGUGCUGCACCUGAAGGUGAUGGCGACGUUGACGAACGGGACGAAGGUGGUGCUGACGGAGUCGACGACGGCGCCGAUCGUGGUGCGGGGCCGCAGCCCGCGGAACUUCCAGGCGCGCAAGGAGAUCCCGCUGCUGGGCUCGAGCGCCGGCUCGCGCGGACAAGCGCUCGUCGAGACGGGCCUGGGCAUCGUGGCCGGGCCGCUGGCGGCGAAGCCCCAGCAGGACCCGAAGCUGCGCGGCCUGAACCUGGAGCUGCCGCGGACGGCCUUCACGUUCAACGCGUCGAAGAUGCCGGGCAGUCCCAUGUCGAUGCGAUCAAAUUCGUACCCCAGCUGGAACCCGCCCAGCCAACUACCCAUGUCCGGGAUGCCCGCAUCAGCGACGGCCAGCUACCCGCCAUCGACUAUACCAGCGCUGUCCGGGACGUCGAGCUACUCGCAGGAGCCGCAGGAGAUACCACUGCAGUCGUCUAUGCCGUCGGUGCAGAUGUCGCUCGCCGCAGUGUCGGACCACCAGCAACAGCAGCAGCAGCAGCCGCCCGCGAUCCGGACGCAGUACGCGUACGUGCAGGGCACCUCAGCGCCACCUCAGCUGUCCGUGUCGACAACGAGCGGCGCGGACCACGCCGGGCUGAGCGUGCCGCGGUACGUCGACUCGAACCCGCGGCCGGCCAAGAGCCCGCGCCACAACAGCCACCAGUCGGUGCCGAGCACAAGCUCGCUGACCAACGAGGGCUCGUCCGAGUACCGGUACGGCCCGCCACAGAGCGCGACCACGAGCGCGUACGGCAUGCCCUCCUCGGCCAGCGGCGAGGUUACCUCGGCGUCGACGUACGGGAGCAGCGAGAACACGACGAGCGGUGGCGGCGGUGCGUCGAGCGCCAGCCACGGGGGCCAGCAGCACCAGCAGCAGCAGCAACAACCACCGCCGCCUCGCGACUACUACCCGCCGACCUCGUCGUGGACCACGACGGCGGGCGAGCCCAGCAGCGCGACUGUGCACUCGUCGUACCAUAAUGGCGCUGCGGGCGGCGAGACCAGGCCCUAUGCCUUCCCCGACCACUACAAGACGGGCCAUUCGGUGCCCAAGACCGACCACCCGCCUGCGCCGGGCAGUUACGCCUCGACGCUCAACCACUACUCGUGGAGCCCGACAUAA